AUGUUCUGUUGUUUUCUAAAAGGUAUUGGCAUUAUUGGCAAUUAUACCAGUAUAAAAUCUUUAAACGUAUUUAAAUCAUUAAUUCAAUGUGGUAUUAUGAAAGGUGAUAUUAUAAAAAUUUUUACAUUGGUUCGACAAAAGGAUUCAAAAGAUAUUUACGAAUAUUAUCUGGAAUAUUUUCGAAAUGAUACCGAUUUUCAAUAUAGCAAUCAAGCCAAAAUUAAACGAAAUUAUCUUGAUGAUCCAACAGCAUCAAUAUCAAUUGAAAUUGAAUUAGAAGAAUGUGAAGAUCCAAAUGAUAAUAAAAAUGAAUCAGAAAGUACGACAUUUUUUCUUUACGUAUCUCGAAAAAAAAAUGAACUCUAUCAAUUCUGUCAAAGUUUCAGAUACUGGAAUGCCCGUCCGUAUACCAAUCGUGAAAAUUUAACAACAUUACCGGUUACAAAUAUUGUUGUACAUGCAUUAGAAGGUUUGAAUUCAAUUAUGAAUGACCAAGAUUGUAUUGCUCAAAUAAAAGGACUUCAAGAUUAUGACAUGGAUAUAGAAAAUUGGGCUGAUAUUGGUUAUAAUUUUCUUCUGUGUGAUGAUAGUGGUGACCAACAACAAAUUUAUACAGGCAGAGGAUGGAAAUUUACUGGUGCACAUUGUAUAAGUUAUAAUAAACGAUCAUUGGGUAAAAAUGAAUUCCUCUUUUAA